AUGGCCGCUGGGUGUCGCUGCUGUAAGGACAAGAAGUCCGAAGCUUGGCCAGCAUCCCCGCCCAAGGCCUCAACCGGGUUCCCUCCCCGGUCCAACACCUACCUGAUUAUAGGGUUGCAAAACCAUCUGACCAGAUGUGGGAUCUUGAAGAGCAUGAGUGACUACGAGGAUUUCUGGAAACUGGUUCAGGAGGAAGCUCUCAGAGUGGAAACUAAAGAAAAGCUCCAGAAGAUACAAUUUAAGUUGAUGAAUCCCAGGCCCCGGCCACCAGCUGCUUCCCGAAGAAAGGAGACCAGGAUGUUGUUCAGCACUGUUCAGGACAGUGGAGCAUGCCAGGGGACACAGGACCAUCGAGGGAGGGCACAGGAAGCUGUGGAGGAUGGCCCGGAGAAGGAGAGAAAAAACCAGGGCCGGCAUCAACCUGGCUUGGAGCCACUCAAGCACCCAGGGGCUACAGCGAGUCUUCUCGCUCGCCUCACGGAAUUGAGAAAAAGGUGCCAACAGCGAGAAGCUGCGCAGAGGCUUCAUCGAGGACCUGAGGAGAACAAGAUUACGUGUAAGACAAAGACGGAUUCCCAGAGCAAGAUGUAUCUUAGUCGGUUGUAUCAGAUGUAUUUCACCUCUCUUGCUAACAUGGAAUUCUCCAGAAGACUGCUGGAGAGAGAUGGCCGCUUUGCAGACAUGGAUGCUGAGUAUGGAGCUAGAAGCCUGCUGGAUUAUAUGGUCCCAAGGGGACGUACACUGGCAGAUGUUCCACCAAGAGAACCAGGGGAGGAGGACACCCCAGCCCCUGGCCAGCAGCCUCGAGCAGGACCUGCCCUCCGAUUUCUGAAGUGCCAGAGUCCAAGAAGUCCACAGGGAAGUCCUCACCUGAAGACAGGAAGACACCAAGUGACCCUGUGUGCCACGAGCAAGCUUUCAGAACACAAGAGGGGUACACUUGCUCUUGCCGGGGGGACCACAGAGCAUGUGAGGGGCAAGCUUGCUCCUGCCGGGGUGACCCCAGACCCCAGACCUACAGCACCCCUGACCCUUGCACACGUGAUCCAGACCCAUCCUGUGGUGGAGGCCAAGACAGCAAGUCGAUACUGGGUGAACUAUGUGGAUGAAGAAUAA